AUGGAGGUAGUACUCUGCUUCACCGAACUUGCAGGCCUUCUCCUGUCCCUCACUGGUUAUGUGUGCUGCCUGGUGGUCUUAUUCAUUCCUCAGUGGUUGACUUUUUCUUCAGGCAUUCUCAUCAACGAAUAUUACCUGCUUGGCUUGUGGCAAACAUGCGUUGUUCAAGAUGUGGGGUUUAGUGUUUGUCAAGAAUAUCAGACCCCAAGCCAUCUUCCAGUCCUAAUCCAAACGGGCCGGGUUCUUGUGUGUCUGUCUGUCUUGAUUGGGGCUUUAGGAUUUAUGGUCUCCACACCUGCACUGACCUGUGUGAAAUGUCUCGACAGCACAGAAGGACAUGUCAAAAAGAUGCUGAACAUACUUGGAGGACUCCUCUUUUCACUGGCAGGUACACUGACUUUCUUCACUGUGUCCUACUUUGCUUAUGACACAUUGAUCAAAUUUUGGGACCAAAAUAUCCCUAAAGACAUUCCCCGAUGGGAGUUUGGGAAUGCAAUGUACACUGGCUGGGUUGGUGGAUUCUUCCUAUUAUCUGGUGGAUGUGUCCUCAUCUUCUCACAAUUUCAGGUCACACAGGAAGCUGAAUUAAAAUGGCUUUAA